GAUUCGAACCAAGACAAGUGAACGUAGUUUGUCUUGGCCUCUCCUUCUCAAACACGGACGAGAGUUGGUAGAGAAUGAGCUCAUGGUGGAGUGAAGGGUCCCGAAAGUGUUUAGGAGCAGCUAACAGCCCCAGUGAGUGUCUGAACUUUGGGAAUUGCGGCAAGAAAUGUUUGUUAUUAUUUGCAUGCCUUGCGAUCGAUCCAGAGACUGCUAUCUGUGCAGCUGGAGAAUAUGAAGCUGCCUUUUUUCAACAGCUGCUGACUGCUGCGGCGAAGACAGACUUCCUUUCGUGCAGGGUGUAGCCCUAAUGACUGUGAAACAAAAUCGCGACAUGAGCUGCACUCAGAAUUUUAUGGAUGUUUGCCUCUCAAGUCCUCAUGAGCACAUCGACGAGUAGCGGUGCAUUAAUUGCGACUUCAAAGAAUUUUCAAAGGGUUACAUUCCCUCAUCCGCACACCGACGUCCAUGGUUUUGCAGACGAAAGCAUCAGAGCAAUUAAUUCAGGGGCUCAAAGGCGUCUCCAUAGGCAGGGCUGGUGGGAGAAUGGAAAGUGGAUCUGUGUCGAGUGAUUCACAGCUAUCCCAGGAAUGACCUGGAUCAGAAAGAUUGAGCUGUUCCGAGGGUUUUCACAGUAGCCGAUUUUUGCUCGAUCACGAAGACUGGAGUCAUCCUGGUGAAGCAGAGAAGGGAGAGCUGAGCGGGCUUCGAGAAAUUUUGUCCAUGGAGAGGAGAGCUGAAUCUCAUGAGUCGAGUCGAGGCGGGUGUUGGGCCGUUGUUAUCCCGAAACCCUCGUGGACCUUUGCAGCUGUUGGAUGAUCUACAGUGGCAGGGUAGGCGUAUUUUGUGAUGAAUUCUCUGAAGCGCAGGUUCAGUGUUGAGGACCUGCGGGCCUUGGAGCUGAAGUGCAGAAUCUAUCCGGAGUUGGAGAAAACAUUUGAAUUCUGGGCCGGUGCUUUUGAUCGUGUGCUUCGAUUCGCAUCGGAAAAUAGAGACUUUGCUGGUGUCGAUGGAGUGCCGAGGCUUCCUUGUAAACUUCAAUAUGCUCCAGCCACCAGGUUUCAGAAAGUUUGGGGAUCGUCACAAGUUAGAUUAUUUUGUAGAGGCAGGGAUGUUGAACAAAAUAAUGUAGAGGUUGCAGGCCAUGGGAGGAAUAAAUUAGAGAAUAUAGGAGAGGGGGCUGAGGUUGCAGUUAGCCCGGUAGCUAAUGGAGAUAGCUCUGUGCUUGAUCAGGGAAUGCAGAGUAUGUAUUAUACAAGGAGAAGGGCGGGUUGGCCCUGGAUCAGUGUAGUUCCCAGUGAACAACAGGUUUACGAGGGGGCAAUUCAGCAGACAGUAAAAACAGGAACCUUACAGGAGCCACCUCCUGUUUUUUUCCCUGAGAUUUAUCGACAUCCGGGUACGAAACAUCCCUUAAAGGUUUUUCCUCUAAAUGUUCCAGACAAAAUUUGCAGCUUACUUAGUCAAUACGGUUGGUCAGCACAUACAAAAAUUGAGCUUCGAGCCAUGAUGAAAGAAAUAAAGUUUUUGAAAUCUCGGCAAAUCCAGGUGGUUUUACGGAGGCAGAGACAUGCGGAAGUUGCCUACGGGUUUUUGCAGUGGGCUAUGGCGGAAGGCAAUUGUAAGCUUCAUAUUAAAUGUUUCACUUUAGUGAUGCCACUGUUAGGGCGUGUACGGAAGUUCAAUCUGCUAGAGCAGUUGUUGAAAGAUAUGGAGGAGAAGGGGUACGUGCCGGAUAAGAUAAUCUUCACAGCAGCAAUGCGGUGCUAUGCUUCUGGGUUCGAAAUGCAGGAGGCAAUGGAGCUACUUGCAAAGAUGAAAGGUAGAGGGUUCGAGCCAGAUUGCGUAACUUACUCAGUCCUCAUCCAAAUGUUUUCCAAGGCCAGGUUGUACCAGGAGGCCAUCAAACUCUAUGAGGAAAUGUUAAGUCUUGGAAUAGCAACUGACACUCAGCUUUACAAUUGUGUCAUCUGCACGUUCGGGAAAGCCGGUCGUCUGGACCUUGCUUAUAAGAAGCUGGAGGAGAUGAGGGAGAGGGGUCACAUACCAGAUCAGUUCACGUACGGGGUUCUCAUCGAAGGAUAUGCAAAAGCAGGUCGUCGAGCGUUUCUGGAUCUCUACAAGGAGAUGCAACAUGAAGGAAUUCCACUGAACGAGGUUAUCUUCAACAUCCUUUUCCUGGGGAUCAGCCGGAUCGGGACCCUCGAAGACGCCGAAGCUGUCUUUGCCGAUAUGGAGCAAGUUGGUUUGGCGGCAAAUCUGAAUGCUUUUGCAACGUUGAUCGGUAUGUGCUCCAAAAGUGGAAAAGCCUCGGAGGCACAAAAUUGGUUCGACAAAAUGCGCUCCUUUGGCUUGAAACCCACGAUGGCUAUAGCAAAUGCUUUGCUUGAUGGCUACGCUCGUGCAAAGCAAUUCACAGAAGCGGGAAAGGUGUUGGAUUCAUUCCUGAGCUGGGGACUUGUCCCCAACUUACAGACGUUCACUGUCUGCCUUCGCUGUUUGAGUCUAUGCGAAAGGAAAGAGGACGGUGAAGUGGUCCAGAGGAUGCUAUCUUGUCACGAAGGAAGUCAUUUCUUAAGAUCGCUGCUGGAUAGUUCCACUCCGGAGAAGAAUAUUGCACCUAUCAUUGCUGCAUUUCUUAGUACUCUGCAGUUUGAAAAGAGACAGUUUCGACGAGAUUUUGUUGAUGUCUUGAUUAAUUAUCUUUAUCAGUUUGGUUUCCGCAGUCAGGGGAAUCAAGUAUGGGAAGAAGCUCUGGCGAGCUACAUAUUUCCUUCACUCGUGGAGCAGGGACCAGAGGGCAUUUGCUCAGUGAAUCUGCAGAAUAUGGAGUAUGGCACAGCAGUUGUUGCACUUACACGUACCUUUCCUCGACUGAUCAAGCAGUUCCACAGGAAAGAGAUGACUCCAGAAUGGGUCCAGAUAAUAACCGGUCCAGUCAGAGAAGAGCCACCAACUGAUGCAACAACUGUGCACCAGGCCGUUGCUGUACUUCUCCAGACUUUAAACUCUCCGUUCCGUGUGGAUACUCUGCAGACAGUUAGUGGGUUUGUGGGUCGUGGUGAAGAUGUCACAAAUUGGCUGGAUGAACCCCAAGUGAAGGCCAUGCUAGCUUUCAAACAUUGAUCCCAGCUAUAGAUAAACUACAUUGCUCCCUUACUCACUGCAAGUUCCUUCCUGACACACACUCUUCUCAUUUAUUCGAACAUUCUUUUGAUACCAGAGAGAUUUAUGGAGAUCCUCGGCAGUAAGAUUUGAUAUUCUGCCGGGCAUCAGUGCGUAGUGCUCAGCAACGCUCCAUUGUGCUAAUAGAUGACACAAACCUCCACAGAACAGGAUGUAAGCUUAAGCUGGUGGCAGCGUGUUCGCAUUACUCAAUGUUUCCGUCCAUUCAGAAUUGCGGUUCGGUGCAAAAUUCAAGAUCAUUUAUCACCAAAUAAAAUAUUCGAGUAGAAUGUAGAGAGGAAGCAUGCAUGUGAUGAUUGAUAUACCAUAGACAUACC